AUGUCUACAACUGAUAUGUCCCGAGUUCUGGACAUCCUCCGCUCACUUUAUCGGCACAUACAGACACUGGAGGAGUUUGCGGACAGCAUUGUAUUUAGAGAGGGACAGAAAGCAGUCCUCAUUCAGCAGUCUGACACAAACCGGUUCAAAACCUUCGUCCGGGGCAUUUAUGUUUGCUUUGACAAAGAACUACAGCAAGUGCCAAGCUGCAACCAGAUCUGCACUUUGCCUGAACUGCUGGCCUUUGUUCUUAACAGUUUGAAAAGAAAGAGAAAAAAAAACGUCCUGGCACAUGGCUACAAUUAUUUGUCCCUGGCCCAGGAGGAGCGGGAUGCGGACCAUUUCAAAUUCCAAGGAGAUGUAACUCAAAGUGGCGCCUACAUACAUGGCAGCGAUCUGUGGAAGAAGGUCACGAUACGUCUUGGCACAGACAUCACACGCUACCUGUUUGAGAGCUGUUCUGUGUUUGUGACGGUUCCUCCUUCAUGUGUUUUCCAGUUGUGUGGCGUUCCUGUUUAUGACAGGGUGUCCAUGACUACUGCCUCUUCUGGGUUUUAUUUACAGUCUCGAUCCAGGACACAUAAUAGUACUCAACUUGGAAGAUAUCGAGGUGUAGUCACCAUGAAAAGGAAACAGAAAGCUGAAAAUCCUACUAUCAGCAAUAAAAGGAAAAAAAGAGAUGUCAGAGUGCAGCGUGGUAAAAGGAAGAGAGAUAUUGAUCAAAAGGAUGAGGAAGAUGUUAUGAUUUGUUCUGCAAAGAGGAGACGGGUUUGCUAUGAAGCAGCUGAGGAAGGGCAGCCGAUGUCGGUAGAAACAACAGCAUCUCAAAAGCCUUUGGAUAAUAGCAGUAAAGGUUCUAAACAGCCUGUUGGAACAACCACCGUUCCCUUGGAGGGAGGACCCAGUUGGAGAACAGGGAUUUUCCCCCCUUUGCCUCACUCACAAUGUUUUAUCCGCACACUGGGAUUCCUGUAUGGGGGCAGGGGCAUGCGUGGCUUUCUUCUCAACAGGAAGAAGAAGAGUGCUGGGGGAUCUAAAAGACUGCAAGGGCAAGAUCUGGUCAGAGUUGUUUUUUUUGAGGGACUGGCAUAUCUCAACGGGCUGGAGAGAAAGCCAAAGAAACUGCCCCAGCGCUUUUUUAACAUGGUCCCUCUGUUUAGCCGGCUGCUGCGUCAUCACAGGAGAUGCUCUUACAGCAAAAUACUGCAGAGGAUGUGCCCACUGGUAGAGAACAGCGAUGGAGGACAGGGGGAAGUAAGUACCCUCCUGCCCCAACACUGUGCACCUCACCGGGUCUACCUGUUCGUCAGGGAGUGCCUCUCCUCUGUGAUCCCACCAGAGCUGUGGGGCUCUGUCCACAACCGACUUAAUUUCUUUGCAAGGAUCAGGGGCUUCUUGCGUAGUGGCAAGUUUGAGAGGCUCUCUCUGGCUGAGCUGAUGUGGAAGAUGAAGGUGAAUGACUGUGACUGGUUAAAGAUCAGUAAGACAGGCCGGUUCCCACCCAGUGAGCUUGCUUAUCGGACACGGGUCCUGGGUCAGCUCCUGGCUUGGCUUCUGGACGGCUAUGUUGUUGGCCUGGUGCGAGCCUGUUUCUAUGUCACUGAGAGUAUGGGGCAGAAGAACGCCCUCAGGUUCUACAGACAGGAAGUCUGGGCCAAACUGCUGGAAUUAGCCUUCAGAGGUCACCUCUCUAAGGGCCAGAUGGAGGAGUUGACUCCAGCUCAGGUGGCGUCCCUGCCUAAAACCACUGUCAUCUCCCGUCUUCGCUUCAUUCCAAAGACUGAUGGCAUGAGACCUAUCACACGAAUUGCAGGAGUAGAUGCCAAAACGAGGGUCUACAGAGGGGGUGUGCGGGACCUGCUGGAUAUGCUCCGGGCCUGUGUGAGCUCCAAUCCGUCUCUCCUGGGCUCCACAGUGUGGGGGAUGACCGAUAUCCACAAAGUUUUGAGCUCUCUGGCUCCAACCCAGAAGGACAAACCACAGCCCCUUUACUUUGUUAAGGUGGAUGUGAGUGGAGCCUAUGAGAGUUUACCUCAUGACAAACUCAUCGAGGUGAUUGGCCAGGCCCUGGCACCUGUUCAUGAUGAGCUCUUUACCAUACGCCGUUAUGCCAAGAUCUGGGCAGAUUCCCACGAGGGCCUGAAAAAGUCCUUUCUUAGACAGGCAGAUAUCCUGGAGGAUAACAUGGGCUCCACCAGCAUGAAAGGAUUUGUGAUGUCACUGCAGAAAAGAGGCAGAGCUCAUCACUCCAUACUGGUAGAGCAGCAUUUCUGCUCAGAUCUUCAAGGCAGAGAGGCACUGCAGUUCUUCACCCAAAUGCUAACUGGCAGCGUUGUUCAGUUUGGGAAGAAAACGUAUCGUCAGUGCAGAGGGAUUCCUCAGGGAUCGGUUGUGUCCAGUCUGCUCUGCUGUCUCUGCUAUGGUCACAUGGAGAACAUCCUGUUCAAAGACAUUAUUAAAAACAAAGGAUGUUUGAUGAGACUGGUGGAUGAUUUCCUACUGAUCACUCCAGACCUACAUGAAGCACAAAGUUUUCUCAAGAUCUUGCUGCCUGGGGUGCCACAGUAUGGUCUGGUGGUUAACCCACAGAAGGUGGCGGUCAACUUUCAAGUGUCAGCAGACGUGAGCUCUUGUCCUGGCAUUUUAACCCUGCCACCUCGCUGCCUCUUCCCCUGGUGUGGCUUGCUGGUGGACACACACUCACUGGACAUCCAUAAAGAUUAUUCCAGCUAUGCAGGCCUGUCUCUACGCUACAGUCUUACUUUGGGCUCUUUCCACUCACCUGGACAGCAAAUGAGGAGGAAACUAAUGGCUGUCCUCAGACUCAAGUGCCAUGCCCUGUUCAUGGACCUGAAGACCAAUUCUCUUGAGGCAGUCUACAAGAACAUCUACAAGCUGGUGCUGCUUCAUGCAUGGAGGUUCCAUGUGUGUGCACAGAGUUUACCCUUUGGUCAGACCGUUACAAAGAACCCCGCCUACUUCCUGCAAAUGAUUUGGGACAUGGCCAAGUAUGUCAAUCAACUCAUCAGGCUCAGCAACAAAGGGCUGAUGUUAGGCUGUAAGGCCCAGACAGGCAUUGUGCAGUACGAAGCGGUGGAGCUGCUUUUCUGUCUUUCGUUUCUGCUUGUACUGUCACAACACCGUUCUUGCUAUAAGGAUCUGAUCUGGCACCUGCACAAACGGAAGCGCAGUCUGGAGCGGUGUCUGGGGGAUUUGAGAUUGGCCAGGGUCAGACAAGCCACUAAUCCCAGGACCCCUGUCGACUUCUUGGCCAUCCAGACUUAG